CCUCUAACCUGUCUCACCAACUCACAUCUAGAAGCAAUUAGAGUCACUUCCCUCUUCUCUCUCUCUCUCUCUCUCUCUCUCUCUCUCUCUUAGAGUCAAAAGCCUAUAAAACCAUACUAAAAAAGUUCUCACAAGGGCCGGCCUUAAUGUUCCAGCAACGCAAAUAAAAUAAACCAUGUCCUUCAUUUCCACCCCUUCUAAACAAAACAAAAAAUCAUUCCAAAGGGAGAGUUAUAUACUGCUAUAGCAUUAGCAACAGCAACAACCACAACUACUACAACUACUUCUACUUGUAAUUCCAACUCAAUGGGAAGGUCUCCUUGUUGUGAGAAAGCUCACACAAACAAAGGAGCAUGGACUAAAGAAGAAGAUGAUCGUCUUAUUGCUUAUAUCAGAGCUCAUGGUGAAGGGUGUUGGCGCUCACUACCUAAAGCUGCUGGCCUUUUAAGAUGUGGCAAAAGUUGCAGACUCCGUUGGAUCAACUAUCUCCGUCCUGACCUCAAGCGUGGCAACUUCACUGAAGAAGAAGACGAACUCAUCAUCAAACUCCAUAGCCUUCUUGGGAACAAGUGGUCUUUGAUAGCUGGGAGAUUACCAGGGAGAACUGAUAAUGAGAUAAAGAACUAUUGGAAUACUCAUAUAAGAAGAAAGCUCUUGAACAGAGGGAUAGACCCCGCAACUCACAGGCCAAUGAAUGAGGCUGCUGCGGCAGCAGCUCAGGUUGAAGCAACCACAAUAUCUUUUGCUGCUGUGAAAGAAGAAGAAAAAAGCACCAGUGGGUUUAGUGGGAAAGACACAAAAAUCCCAGUUCAAGAAAAGUGUCCAGACUUGAACCUUGAGCUUAGAAUUAGCCCUCCUAGCCACAACCAGAGUGAGCCAUUGAAGAGCGGUGGGAGGGUUACUAUAUGUUUUUCUUGCAGCUUGGGUGUGCAGAAUAGUAAGGAGUGCAGCUGCAGAAAUGAUAGUGUUGGUAGUAGUAGUAGUGAUAGCAGUGCUACUGGUUAUGAUUUCUUGGGGUUGAAUGGUGUUGUAUUGGAUUACAGAAGCUUGGAAAUGAAAUGAGAUGGGGAACUGGGUUUGAAAUUAUGUAACACCAACAGAUUAAUGGAGAGAACUUGAGAAAGAGAUUGGUAUUAAUUUGAAUC